AUGAUGAAAAAAGAAGAAGGUCAAUUUAAUAUAUGGACAUUACUUCUUAACUUGGAAGAAACACUUGAAAAGAUUGAACAAUCCAAUUUACCACCAGAAGAGAAGAAAGUUGUUCAACGACUUCUCCUUGUUCCAGUCGGUUUCUACCAAAAAAUUUUAAGAUUAUUACGAUGUUUAUUGAGAGAAGGACCUUUCAAAGAGAAUCAACUCCUUAUGGAUAUCACAGAGCAAUUACGUAUAUUUGUUCUGGAUGCUCAAAGUAAAAAUGAUGACGCAGAAAAUAAAUAUGGAAUUAAAGAAAGUGGUGGAUUCGGUGAUGAUCAUAUUGUUCUCGAAGGCGAACCGCAAAAAUACCCAAUGGGUUUAACGCGUAUUCACGUUCGUCCUUCUGUUAGAAAAAGAUAUGAAGCAAGAUCACUCCCAUCAACUCCUGCAGGCUCACCCGCACCUUCUCCUAAAGGAACACCAAAAACCUCUCCUUCACAGAUGAGAAGAAGACCACUUCCUCAACUCCCAGAGGGAGCUGUUGGAGGAAGACCAAGAACACCAAGCCCACAUGGCGAUGAUACUUAUGAAGCUGUUGGUGGAGGGGAAUCGCCUUAUCAAUUGGCCGGAAGACCCAGAAGUGGGAGAAGAAGAAGUAGAAGUACCAGCCCAAAAAGAUCAGAUACUUAUCAGUUGGCUGGAAGACCUUCUCCUAAGGAAGAAGGUGUUGAUCCUUAUUCACUUGUGGGUCAACCUGGAACAAGACCUGGAACUCCCCCUCUUGAAACUGUUUAUACUUUACAAGGACAACCAAAACCAGUAGAUACAACUAAAGAAGAACAACCUGUUCCUCCUCCAAGAGCUCAAUCUCUUCCAUCACCACCUGUUUCCAGACCUCCAACUCCACCGCCCCCAGACUAUGAUACCUCGACCACUACAGUACAACAGAGACCAAAAUCUCCUACAACUGAAAAAGACUAA